AUGGGAGACGUUUCUGGCAUUGGUCCCGAUUUCUUCGCCUGGGAUAAAUGGCGCCUGGGCUGGAUUAAUGACGAUUCCGUCGACUGUGUUUCAGAUCCAGGAAUCACUGAGCACACCCUUAUACCAUUGGAGCUGAAGACUUCUGACAAAGACAUCAAGGCCGUUGUCGUCGCCGUUAACCAUACUUCAGCACUUGUCGCCGAGGCCCGUGUCCCCAAGGGAAUUGACUCAGACGUCUGCGCCCCUGGUGUCUUACUCUAUACGGUCGACACCUCGGUCAAAUCAGGCUCUGGUCCUGUUCGUGUUCUGGAUGUAACCCUAGGAUCAGGCGGCUGCGGUACUGACAGUGUCUACGACAAAAAGCUUGUGGACCAGUUUGGCAUCAAAGUUGUCAUCGGAACAGCCAUCAGUCUUUGCGGCUUCAUCGUACAGUUCAUUGGCCUGCGAGGCAUGCAUUGGUCGGCUUCAAUCGCUCAACUUCUGGCAGUUCUCAUCAUGAUGGCCCUUAGGGCACUGGUUCGCCGUGGGUUAGCAAAACCUCCACAAUGUAUCAAGCUUACUUCUGGGUUUGAGCUUGAUUGGUUUGCCACAACGCUGGGGGGCAUUGACAACGCUCCUUGGAUGGCUAAGCGUGCCCCAGACAGUAAUAGCCAAACAGGAAACCCAUUUCGAGAGUGGACUAUCAGGACAGGCGAGAUAGCCCAGAACAAUGAUGACGGAUCAAAAACAGACCAAACCCCCAACGCCGAUAAUUCGGGCUCCAAGGCAAAUGAAUUUGGGGGCUGA